CAGCAUCAUUUGACUUUCAAGAAACGGUUGGGGAUCUCCAAGAAUCAAAUCUUUAAAAGCGAAUUGAAACAACAUGGCCAGUUUAAUUGUCCUUCUGAGUGCCCUGUUCGUACUUGCUCACGGAUCGCAUCUAUCCAAUGUCCAUCAUGGAUCCUUUCCCGAACCUCAUGAACCUUUCUCCGUGGGACAUGGAUCUCUUUCAGUGGGACGUGAAUAUCUCCCGGUGGAACAUGGAUCUACCUCUAUUGGACACGGAUCUGCCCAGCACUAUGGCGUUGCAGCUCCAUACGGACACCAUCCGUCUGUGACAGGUUCAGGCUUUCCUCAUCAUCACGGUCAUGUGGUAGGAUCUGUCACUCCAGACUCAUAUCAUCAGGUGGCAGCUCCGGGCUCCUCCAUUUAUCAUCAUCAUCAUCAUGGGGCACUGGCGCCAAUUGUGGCUGGAACUGGACAUGCUCAUGUGCAUCAGAAUCGCAAUUGCCAUGCCACCAUUCACUGCCCCAACUCUAUCAGUCGGACGUAUGCCUCCGAUGGAUAUUACUGCUAUAGGCUUAACAACCCCUGCGACCUGGCCAUAGCGAACUGCAAGCGUCGCAAUGAACUGAAACCUAUCCUUAGGCAUAUCAGUCAUAGUGAGUGUCAUCAUCUGCCCAGAGGUCAGAGACCCUACUAAGCCUGCACUUGACCCGAUGAAUAAUCAGACCACUGGCCAAACAAGUUUCUCGUAGGCGCUACUUGAUGUUUUCUUUUACAUUCGAUCGACACAAUACAAAUAAACGCAUUUUUUAAAGAA